UCAGAGUGAAUCAGACAAAUCCCUGAUGGAAAUCUGGCUCUUAUUUGAAAAAUGCAAUAAUAUGCUUGUGAUUGUUUACUUUUUACAGGAGAGCUGUCUGGACAAAGAAUGUUUCUCUGGUGUCCAACCCUAAUAAAUACAGGGCAAAUGUAUUUGCCCACAAAAAGCAGCAACAGACCAUCAGCACUGUUAUUCUCCAAAGUUUGAGGAAUCGGCUGUAAAGCGAUCAGCACAAUGUCUGACAGCAGUGACGUGUGGGAGUCACCUGGCUGUGGGGCUGGAGAAGUGCUCGAGAACAGUGGAUUCUCUGAACACGAACUCCUUGACAUUAUGUACAGUGCAUGCAAAACAACCAGUACAGGAGAUGUGUUAGCCUCCACGAUCAUCCAAUACCUUCAGAAUAUGACAGCCGAGAGUCAAGAGCAGGACAAGCUGAUUGCUUUAGGCAGAUUGCUCGACCCUGAUUGUCAGGACCCUCAUGUGAGCAGAGAGGCCUUCCAUUCCACCAUGAGAAAGUGGAUCGCACAGUGCAGCCAGAACAGGUAAACCUAACUGUAGUGAGCAUAAAUGGC